GAGAGAGAGAGAGAGAGAGAGAGAGAGAGAGAGAGAGGGGCCGUUGGGGGAGAGCUGCUGUUCGGCUCCAACCACUUUCACAGCAAUCAUUCUGACUCGAGCCACGGGGUCUACGGAGCACUGGACAAAGAAGUUUAUCUGGAUUUAAACAAAUUAAUUUUAAAAGGCCUCCCUAGCGUCCUCACUGCGCAACUGCGCCGGCACGAGAGGGCAGAGAUCCAGCAGGAUACAAUAUCUGAUGACGCAUCACUCUGACAUUGAAUGCUUCCUGAUUCCAGCAAACAGCGGAUUACAAAGAGGAAACUGAACCACUUAAGGGGAUUUCAGAGAAACUAUCCCAGGGAAUACCGCCUGCCCUGGCUCAGUUCUGUGCCCUUGACUGAAACAUGGACCAUCUGACUCAACUUGGAUGCCCCAUCUGAAGGAUCUCAGUGGUUGAAUAAAGAUCUGUCAGACACACACACACACACGCUCAGCAGUCAUGUCUACCGAUGCGUCCCACGCUGCCUACGCGGGGGCGGAGCCCUCCACGGUUCCCAUGACGCCCGGGGCGGGGUACCUGCUGCGGAUGUUCAGGGAGUACCAGAGCAACGCCGUCAUCAUGAAACACUACAACUUCACCGGCAAGCUGAAGGAGAACAAGUACCGUGAUGGCCUGAAACCUGAGGCCAUCUUCUUCCUGCUGGUCUGCCUCCUCAUCGUCCUGGAGAACGCAACGGUUCUCCUGGCCAUCUGGAGGAACAAGAAGUUCCACCUGCCCAUGUACUACCUGCUGGGGAACCUAACACUGUCCGACCUGCUGGCGGGAUUCACAUACAUGGUGAACAUCGUGACGUCGGGCGCCAACACGCUCACGAUGACCCCUGCCCUCUGGUUCCUGAGGGAGGGGGGCGUGUUCAUCACGCUGGCGGCCUCUGUCAUCAGCCUCCUGGCCAUCGCCAUCGAGCGCCACGUCACCAUGGUGAGGAUGAAGCCCUACCAGGGCGCCAAGCGCGGACGCAUGUUCGCCCUGAUCGGAGCCAGCUGGGUUCUGGCCGUCCUGCUCGGGGUUCUCCCGGUUCUGGGGUGGAACUGCAUGGGCCGUCUGGACCGCUGCUCCACGGUGCUGCCGCUCUAUGCCAAGAGCUACAUCCUGUUCUGCAUCACAGUGUUCACCGCCGUGCUGCUGGCCAUAGUGGUGCUCUACGUGCGGAUCUACCGCAUUGUCAAGUCCAACACGCAGCAUCUGGGCUCCGCCCCCCAGAGGAAGGGCCUUGCCAGGAAGAGUCAGAAGUAUCUGGCUCUGCUGAAAACCGUCACCAUCGUGGUGGGGGUCUUCAUCGCCUGCUGGGCUCCGCUCUUCAUCCUCCUCCUCCUGGACUUCUGCUGCGCCCCGCGGGGAUGCCAGGUCCUCUUCAAGGCUGACUACUUCCUGGGCGUGGCCAUGCUGAACUCCCUGCUGAACCCCAUCAUCUACACCCUGACCAGCCAGGACAUGCGGCGGGCCAUCCUGCGGCUGCUGUGCGGGAGCUGCCUGCGCGGGGGCGGCCGCGCCCACAAGCUGGGCGCUCUCUUCCUGGACGGCAGCACCAGCCACACCGAGGCCGCCCCCCAACGGCUGGAGGGGCUGGAGACCACCGUGUCAUCUGGGAACUUCACCCCCUCCACUGUCAAGGCCAUCUACCCCCGCAUGGCCCAGACAUGAUCCUACCCCCAAAUCGGGGGGGGGGGGGGGGGGGGGGAUUUGGAGGAGUUCUAAGGACAAGACUUAUACCUGCAGAUGACAACUUCCUGUGUGGAGAGGAUGGGUGGAGUACAGGAUGUGAAUACAUCUGGACGGGUAAAGCUCAAUGGUAGACUGCAGGUCGUCGUGGUCUACAUCUUUGGAUGAAAGCAUCUGCUAAUUGAACCUUUUCAUGUACUUAUGUAGACUGUUUGUACAUGUCCUGCUUGAGGAUGACCGUCUCCUGAGAGGACUGGCUGCCUGUAGAUCUCACACAUCAGGAGGCCCACUUGAGUUGUGUCUUGCGGGAUCUCUACUAGUCAAGGCUGUGUUUCCAAGUCACUAAAGAAGAAUUAGUUAGGGGUAGGUGUAGCUGAGUGGUUAGAGCAUUAGACUACCGAUCAAGCAAGUUCAAAUCUCUCUCAGUAGGUUGUUUUGGAUAAAGGUAUCUGCUAAAUGAACAGUACUCAUCACUUACCCCACAUAAUAAUGCUGUUUGUAACACAACCCAACAGUACAGUACUACAGACAGUGAAGCAUAUGGAGCUGUUCUGACAGCCUCUGUUAUCAGACUGCUGGUCUGACUGAUGCCUGGUAGCGUCUUCAACAUCUAUCCCUCCACUGCAGAAAACAUUUAACAGACAUGAUGAUAUGUAGUUAGAGCACACUGCCUCCACACCCAGUGCUGCCCUGCUAAGCUUGUCCUUCCUGCUGUCAGAUCUGCCCUCAGAAGGUAUGCUGGGAGAUCUCAGGGCUGGGUGUGGAGACAGGACCUGGGAUGGUGAGGCGGUGGAGAGAGGAGCUAUUUGGUCCAUUCUACAAACAAAAUCUGUUUCUGUAAGGCAGCCAAACUGGGGGUUGUUUGUAAAUAGAACCAACUGUAGAUUUCUUAUCAGAAAUGCAUUUUGUAUAAUCUGAACUAUUCUUAAAUUAUGAGAUUGUCCCCUGUGUUAUAUAUGUACGUUCAACAAAUAAAUGUAUAUUUAAAUGAGUAUUAUAAUAUUAAAAUAGUUUGUUGACACUGUCACCACCUUGUAUAAAUAGUAUUAACUGUGACCACAUUUAAAUAUAUGUAUUGCCUUUCUUAUUGUGGUUUCUUUUUUUAAGGAUUUAUUUAAUAGGAAGAUUUAUUUAAUAUUGACAGAGAGCAAGACGGGAUGGCAGUCACAAGGGGCCGCUUAACACCUUCAGACACCUUCAGACACACCAAGGCUGUUGCCAUGGAGUCAACAUUGGGAGGGGACGAAUUAAAUUUUUUAUGAUAAUUU